CUUGCUUGUGAACUAGCUUGUGUGUGCAUACCAGACAAAGCUGAGCCUCGCGACCAUGGCGCUGGCGAUUCGGAUGAGCGCUCCAUCGCUCGACGGAUCUUUGACUCCAAGUAUUCCCCCCAUGAAGGCAUACCAAACGAAUCCACACUUUUGCUGGCGAUCAUCAGGGAGCGCCACAGCCGUCGGCAUUGUGGCUAUCAAGAUGUACCGCUCACUGAAAAGGUUCAGGGCCAGGAACCGCAAGCGAGUUGAACGCACUGUGUUGACUGACGAUCUCUUCACUCUUCCCAAUGACAAAGUUGCAUUGGAAGUUCUUGGCGGUAAAGCAAAAGACUCAGUCAGCAGGGUAAGCCUUGUUUGUAUCCAUGGUAGCUAUCAUGCCGCUUGGUGCUAUGAGGCAUUUUAUUUGGACUUCUUUCGGGAGCAUGGCUUGAAUGCAUAUGCACUUUCGUUAAGAGGACAAGGACAAGGCAAGAUGCCAGAUCAGCUCCCCGUUGCAGGCACUUUGGAGGAGCAUGCUUCUGAUGUUGCUUCCUUUGUGCGGCAGCUGGAAAAGGAAGGUCAACGAGUCAUUUUGCUAGGCCACAGCUUUGGAGGUCUGAUUACCCUAAAGGCUGCGGCAGAUCUCGACAUGCUUGCUGGGCUUGUCCUAUUGUGCAGUGUGCCUCCCAGUGGAAAUGUUGGUAUCAUUCUACGAAGUCUGCUUCGAGCUCCUCUCCAAGCCUUUCGCAUCACAUGGGGCUUCAUAAGCCGUGCCUUUGAACGUGAUGCAAAACUUUGCCAGGAGCUUUUCUUCGACAAAGAGACGUCUUUGGCAGAUGUUGGAGAUUACAUGGAGCUCAUGAAGAAAGGAUGUCCGCCUGGAACUCGUUUACUGGAUUUGCGACAGCUCCAGGGGUCUUUGCCAGUUCCAGUUUGUACCAAACCUGUCCUCGUACUUGGAGGAGAGAUGGAUGUGAUUGUAGAUGCUGAGGCCCAUAUCAAGACGGACUAGUCUCGUGAAGCGGUCUCGUCAGAGCUGUGUUCGCAUGACGUGGCAGAACCGUUCGCAACUGUUGUCAGCGUUGCCGGGUGUCGCGCUAUGGCCCUCUCAUUGGAAAAGCUUUUGGAGGAGGUCUUGGAUGGGCUGGCCUGGUGACGUGGUAGAUUCGCCUGAAGAGUGUCGCGCCAAAGUGACCCAGAAGUGUGUCAAGCAAGAGCGUGGCACAAAUUUUCCUGAAAUUGGACAAUAGAGUCAGAGUGUCGCUCAAGAGUG